AGUAUAAAAAUAAAAUAAUAUUUUAGAAUUAUUUACAUUUGAUCUCCAAAUAAUAAUAAGCAUGAUCAAGUACUUGAGUAAUUUUAAAUGCCUCCACUUUAAUAAGGGACAAUGCAAUUUACAUUAAUAAGUACCAGUCCUAGAUUAGAUUUAAUACCAAACAAACAAGAUUUAUUUGGCGCAACCGCAAUAAUAUUAAGUGUGAAAUAUCGAAACUUUGAAUUCUUUAGAGUAAUUAUUUAACUUUAUCUAAGGUAGGGUAUUAUAUUAAUAAUUCUUACUUGGAUCCUGAUUUGAUUGAGAAUGAUCCAUCAUAUAUCAUAAUUGGUAAGGUUUAUCGAUUAAUUAAUACUUCAACACCAAGGAUUACAAGAACCAAUAUAGAUUGAG